AUGUUUUUGUAUUACAGACAGACAGAUAGACAGGGUGGUCUUGCUCAGCACCAGGUUGGGGUGCCCCCGGGGCCCUUGGUUCGCAUGGAGGGUUCCGCUAUCUUUAUCUGGUGUAAUGCAAGUGGUGUGUCACGAACAGAGUUUGAGUGGUCGCUCUUCCCCUCUCACUCACCCUCAUGGAAGCUGCAGGUAAUCAGUUCCUCUGAUCCCCACUUCACCUACGCACUAUACAGCGAGCGAGUUCAACAGCGACGGGAAAUCUACCUGGAGAGAGGGGGAGAAAACACAGCCCGGCUUCAUAUCACUCACCUGAGGGCAUGGGACUCUGGCGAUUAUGAAUGUCAUACUCCAAACACCGCUCAGACUUUUUAUGGGAGUUACAGUGCAAACGUUUACCUGAAGGUAAUCCCAGACAUGCUGAGGGUACAGAGUUUGUCACCCGAUAUUCUAACUGUAGAAGAUGAUGACCCACUGAGCCUGGUCUGCGAAGUCUUCUCUGGGACCAGUCUGCACACUCACAUCUCCGUGACCUGGUAUCAGAUGUAUGGAGACGAGUCUCGUCCGAUCCUCAGCCUGUCCAAACAUUCUGUGGUGUCAGCAGGACCCGGCUUUACUGUCCGCCAUAGCACGGGUGAGGUCAGGCUCGAGAAAGUUUCUGCCGCCUGGUACCAGCUCACGCUGACCCGUUUGAAAAUCACAGAUGAAGCAGAAUAUUGGUGCCAGGUCACGGAAUGGAUCCAGGACCCAGAUAACAGCUGGUACCCACUGAUGACCAAAAGGAGCAGUGCCACCACCAUCCAGCUGAGAUCCCAAGGUACACCAUUAGGGGAAGAUAUGAUGUCAGCCGUUCGCAGCUCCACCACACCAAUAACCACUCCCCAAAUUGUAAUCUGUCUGCUGGCUCUGCUGUACUGGCCAAUACACUAGAACAGCCAAUGAACAGCACCAUUUCACCAGCAUGGAUCUACUGCAGCCAAUCCGAUGUCAGCAUGGGUCUACUGCAGCCAAUCAGGAGACAGCAUGGAUCUACUGCAGCCAAUCAGGAGACAGCAUGGAACUGCUGCAGCCAGUCAGCUGUCAGCAUGGGUCUACCACAGCCAAUCAGGUGACAGAAUGGAUCUUCUGCUACAACUAACAUAUUAAAAUGAAGCAAAUAUCAGAAGAUCAUUUUACUGGCUGUAACUCUACCCCAUCCUCUGACUCUCUAUAAAAUGCAUGGGACCUCUACCUGUACCUACCUCACUCAUUGAAGCCAAUACCUAUCUCAUCAUUACUCACUCUUCCCUCCUCAUAUUUUUCCUCGCUUUUUGAAACUCUUCUAUAAUAAAACCCUUUGUCACCUAUUGAAACCCUUCAUUACUCACUAAUAACCUUUAUACUCCCUAAUAACCUUUGUUGCUUACUAAUGCCCUUCAUUACUCACUAAUGCCCUUCAUUACUCACUAAUGCCCUUCAUUACUCACUAAUAACCUUUAUACUCACUAAUAACCUUUAUACUCACUAAUAACUGUGACAAAACACCUGUUUUGUGGAUACCAGGGCCCUUUCUUUCGUAUGCCUUUCGCAAAUUUAGCACUAUUUCAUUCCCUUUUAUUGUACCGAAUAAACUACCGAACAGACAGACCACACGCAAUGGGAGUGUGCAGCUUAUUAACCUCCCAGAAGCUGUGGUUAACCGCAAUU